UUCUAUGGAUGUUCACUUUUCCAAGAUGAUGUCCACCACUCUCUUCGUCGUCGCUACCAUCGUUGUCUGCUCGGCGGACAUCCCUACCAUGGGACCAUGUGAUGUCAACGUACAAACCCAGACUGGCUUUGACUUUGACAAGUUCCAUAAGGAGCAAGGUGGUAGCUGGGAGGUAACCUAUGGACCUGCUACAAAGUUCAAUGAAAAUCUCAGCUCAUUGUCUAUAAAAAUGACCCCUGCUGCCGACGGCCAAUACAGAGAUAUUAUUACAUACACAGCGAAGGACGGAAAAGGAGGUCAGUUGGCUGAUGAGAUAAUCACCAACAAUGGACAUGGGACCCUCACCGCUACAACAACUACCAACGAAGUCUACAAAGUCAAUGUAAUCAAGUAUGUCCCAGGAAGAUAUGCGUUCUAUUACAUCUGCAGCAAAGAAGGAAGCGACCAGACGAUCGACUAUAGAUAUGUCUUGGCUCAUGGACCACUGACAUCAGCUGAAAAGUCAGCAGUCUACGGAAUUGACAAGGAGUAUGGCUUCCAAGGAAAAUUGAUUCCCUUUGGAAAAAACAAGUGAAUAAAUUGUACAAAAAGUAAUACAUUAAAUAACCCACAUAUUUUA